UAUAAUUUUCCUCUGAUGAUAGGUGUAUGUGGUUGUGUUUCCUGUGUGUCGGACCUGAGUGAUGGCUCGUCGUGUGGCCGUGGUCGGAGGGGGGGGUUCAGGUCUGGCCUGCAUCAAGUGCUGUCUGGAUGAGGGGCUGCAGCCCGUCUGCUUCGAGAGCAGCGAUGACAUCGGGGGUCUGUGGAGGUUCAAGGAGAAUCCAGAGGCGGACAGAGCCAGCAUCUACCACUCUGUCAUCAUCAACACCUCCAAGGAGAUGAUGUGUUUCAGUGACUUUCCCAUCCCCGCACACUUCCCCAACUACAUGCACAACUCCCUCAUCAUGGACUACUUCAGGAUGUACGCCGAUCACUUCCAGCUCACCAAACACAUCCGCUUCAACACCAAAGUGCUGCAGGUGAAGCAGAGGUCAGAUUUCUCUCAGUCUGGUCAGUGGGACGUCGAGACGGAGAACAAGGAGGGUAAAAAGGAGAAACACAUUUUUGAUGCAGUGAUGAUCUGUAUUGGACACCACUGUCAACCCAACCUGCCCCUACACGACUUCCCAGGCAUCGACACCUUUAAAGGACAGUUCUUCCACAGCAGGGACUACAAGAGUCCGGAGCAGUGGAGGGACAAAAAGGUGGUGGUGAUCGGGAUAGGAAACUCUGGAGGAGACAUCGCAGUGGAGCUCAGCAAAGUCACCAAACAGCUGUACCUGAGCACCCGGCAGGGGGCCUGGAUCCUAAACAGAGUCGGGGACAAUGGUCUGCCCAUGGACCUGCUGUUUACCAGAGCGAUUGACCUCUUGCAGAAAGUUCUGCCCUUUAAUUUCUUCUCAGGACUUGUGGAGAGCCGGCUCAACAAAAGAUUCGACCACGCUCUGUACAACUUGAAGCCACAGCACAGGCUGUUCAGCCAACAUCCCACAGUGAACGACGAGCUUCCAAACCGCAUCCUGUCAGGUACCGUUCAGGUGAAACCAAACGUGCGCAGGUUUCAGGGCUCCAGUGUGGAGUUUGAUGAUGGGAGUGUGGUGGAGGACGUGGACCUGGUGGUGUUUGCCACAGGUUACAGGUUCUCCUUCCCGUUCCUGGCCUCUCAGGUGCUCUCAGUGUCUGACAACAAAGCAUCUCUCUACAAGUACGUGUUUCCUCAUGAGCUGCAGCGCCACACACUGGCCAUCAUCGGCCUGGUGCAGCCACUAGGAGCCAUCAUGCCAAUCUCUGAGAUGCAGGCCAGGUGGGCCACUCGAGUCUUUAAAGGGUGCGCAAAGCUCCCCUCAGUGGUCGACAUGAUGAAAGACAUCCAGUGCAAGAAGGAGACCAUGGCUCAAAGGUAUGUGAGCAGUCAGAGACACACCAUCCAGGUGGACUACAUCAGCUACAUGGAUGAGAUCGCAGAGCAGGUGGGGGUCCGACCAAGCGCACCAAGGCUGCUGCUGACCAACCCCAGGAUGGGACUCAAUGUGUUGCUGGGUCCCUGCACGCCAUACCAGUAUCGUCUCCAAGGCCCUGGAAAGUGGGCGGGGGCCCGUCAGGCCAUCCUCACCCAAUGGGAGAGAGUGGCUCAGCCCAUGCAGACCCGGCCCUGCCCAGCAGCUGAACCCCACAGGUCGUUUCUGGGGCCCCUGAUGGUGUCAGCUGCCUUCGUUGGCGUGGCCUUCUACGUCAACAGGAACAAGCUUCCAACUUUCCUCCAAGAUCCCACUGAGCUGCUGGAGAGGAUCAAAGUCUUCAUGCCUGCUCUGUGAACAUUUCAUACUGGUUUAUCACAUACUGGUUUGUUUAAAUACACACCCAGUGCAAAAAGCCAAUUAUUACAGCAGAAAUAAGCAUGUUAACAACAGAGUUCAAAGAAUGAAAACAGGUCUGAUUAGCCUGUCUCGAUCGGCACACACUACAGGGGUUGAAUUUUUUGACAACUCAUCCAUUUUGAUUUUAUGAAGGAUAAGAGUUAUUAACAGUAUGGCGUGUAGCUGACCUUAUUGACAGGAGGGCUCAAUGUAACGGUUUGUGAAGAGACUGAAAGACACAUUUCUCAUAGGGGCAAUAGAGGCUUCAUUCAGUCAUUCAUUUUAAAUGAAAUCAUGUCUUAAAGGAUUUGGUUUAUACUUAUUAUUUAUACUUACUUAUUUUAUACAUGUUCACCACAUACCUUAUCACUUGUAGGAGAUACACGCUAACUUGUUUUUCUUUACAUUGCUUUAAAAAUAAUUCUUUUUCAUAUCAGUAUUUUUGUUGAAUGACACAUUUACCUUACAUGGAUGUAACACAGCUUUAAUUAUGUUUUAUUAUUGUCUUAUUCUAAAGUCUUUGUAUUGUAUGAUUACAGAGGUCUCUCUUUCAUCGCUCUCUUUAAUUUUCCUCAGUUUUUCAUAGAGAAUCAAAAAAAUUACUUUUUUUAUGGGGGGGUUAAUAAUAAACGUAAUUUUUUU